AUGGCUACAGUCACUGCAAACGGAGUGCAGCAAGAGAAUGGAUUCAGCACCACGAACAGCGCCGGCAGGAUGAACGGGCUUACCAUCGGCCAGAACACCAUUCCAAUGAAGGACCACGACGCCAUCAAGCUUUUCAUCGGGCAGAUUCCCAGAAACCUGGAGGAAAAAGACCUGAAACCCCUGUUUGAGGAAUUCGGAAAGAUAUACGAACUCACUGUACUGAAAGACAGGUUUACGGGAAUGCAUAAAGGAUGUGCCUUUCUAACAUACUGUGCCAGAGAGUCAGCACUGAAGGCCCAGAGCGCCCUCCAUGAACAGAAGACUCUGCCAGGGAUGAACCGGCCCAUCCAGGUGAAGCCAGCCGACAGCGAAGGACGAGGAGAAGACAGGAAGCUGUUUGUGGGAAUGCUCGGCAAGCAGCAGAGUGAGGACGACGUCCGGCGGCUGUUCGAGACCUUCGGCCAGAUCGAGGAGUGCACCGUCCUGCGAGGGCCUGAUGGGGCCAGUAAGGGCUGUGCCUUUGUCAAGUUCUCCAGCCACGCUGAAGCGCAAGCUGCCAUCAACAGCUUGCAUGGUGGACAGACUAUGCCUGGUGCCUCAUCCAGUCUGGUGGUCAAAUUUGCAGACACUGAUAAGGAGAGGACCCUGCGCAGGAUGCACCAGAUGGCCGGCCAGCUCGGCAUCUUCAGUCCCAUGACCAUCCAGUUUGGGGCCUAUGGCGCCUACUCUCAUGCUGUAAGUCUCAGCCCGGCGGGGGAGGAGACGCAGAUGAUGCAACAGCAAGCAGCCCUGAUGGCAGCAACACAAGGGUCCUACCUGAACCCCAUGGCAGCCAUCGCUGCCGCGCAAAUGCAGCAAAUGGCAGCUUUCAAUGUCAACAGCCUGGUGGCUACUCCCAUGACACCAUCCUCAGGCACCAGCACACCCCCAGGCAUCUCUGCCACAGCCGUGCCCAGCAUAGCCACCCCUAUCGGGGUCAACGGAUUCAGUGCCCUCCCACCUCAAAGCAACGGGCAGCCCACCUCUGAGCCCAUCUACACCAAUGGUAUUCACCCUUACCCAGCACAGAGUCCAACGGUGACCGACCCUCUCCAACAGGCUUAUGCUGGCGUCCAACACUACGCAGCAGCCUACCCUGCCGCCUAUGCGCCAAUCAGCCAAGCGUUCCCCCAGCAACCAACCAUCAUUCCCCAGCAACAGAGGGAAGGGCCAGAAGGUUGCAACCUGUUUAUUUAUCACCUGCCCCAGGAGUUCGGAGAUGCGGAGCUCAUGCAAAUGUUCCUGCCUUUUGGCAACGUCAUCUCUGCCAAAGUCUUUGUGGACCGAGCGACCAAUCAGAGCAAAUGUUUUGGCUUUGUGAGUUUUGAUAACCCAUCCAGUGCUCAAGCCGCUAUCCAGGCCAUGAACGGCUUUCAGAUAGGCAUGAAGAGGCUGAAGGUGCAGCUAAAGCGGCCAAAGGAUGCCAACCGACCUUACUGACUCGUCUGCUGUCCAUACCCAGUGUGAGGUGGCCUUUCUCCGCUAUAGCCACACACCCCCCCCUACACCUGUCAUGGGGCCAAGUUCCCAC